CGUGCUGCUGCUGGGUGUGUUUCUCCGCUGCCUGCCGUGUGCUGGGUUCGGACCUGCCCCGGGGGUCCCCGGGCCCCGGCCCCGACACGCGCGGUCCGCGUCAGGGCGCACGGCCACCGCGCACGUCUGGGCGGUCCCCGGGCUCCGCGCCCGCCGCCCCUCCCCCUUCUCCAAACUUUCUCCCAACUUCCCGACCUGCUCCGCUCGGCGUCCCGCUCUGCUUCCCUCAUGAAUUAUUCAGCAGUGCGCGCUCCAAUCAGCGCGCCCCGGCCCCCACGCCGAGCCCGGACUCGGGGAGGGGGGAGCUCUCCCGCCCCCCGCGCGCCCCUCCCUCCCCGGCCAGGCGCCGCCCGGCCCAGUCCCAACCCGGCCCAGCCCCGGCCCGCCCGGCCCCGCGCCGCAGUCUCCCUCCCUCCCGCUCUGUCCCCGCUCCGCUCCCACCCUCCCGGCCGGCUCGGAGCGCACCCGGCCCGGCGCGCGAGCAGCACCACUCCAGGGAGGGGGGGAGACCGCGAGCGGCCGGCCCACCCCCAGCCAGCCGGGGCGGGACCCCGAGGCCCCGGAGGGACCCCGACUCUAGCCACGUCUCGCUCUGCGCCCGCCCGGCGCAGCCAGUGCGAGGACGCCCCCCGCCCGCCCGCGCGCGCGGCGGGGACGCGGGGCCACACCUGGACGCCGCCGCCUGGUGCCUGUGCGGAGCGCGCCCGCAUGGGCCCGCGCUGAGGGCCCCGACCGAGGGUCCCGGGUGGGGAGUCGGUGUCUGCCGUCUCGAGGGGGGGGGUCCGACCUGGGGGGGCUAGUGCCCCCCAAACUCGGAUCGGAUCCAACCCGAGAAAGGCGGCGCCAUGGAGCUCCGGGCUCUGCUUUGCUGGGCUUCGCUCGUCGCGGCUUUAGAAGAGACCCUGCUGAACACGAAACUGGAAACUGCAGACCUGAAGUGGGUCACGUUCCCUCAGGUGGAGGGGCAGUGGGAGGAGCUGAGCGGCCUGGAUGAAGAGCAGCACAGCGUUCGGACCUACGAGGUGUGCGACGUGCAGCGGGCCCCGGGCCUGGCCCACUGGCUGCGCACCGGCUGGGUCCCGCGCCGGGGAGCUGUCCACGUGUAUGCCACGCUUCGCUUCACCAUGCUCGAGUGCCUGUCCCUGACCCGGGCCGGGCGCUCCUGCAAGGAGACCUUCACUGUCUUCUACUUCGAGAGCGAUGCUGACACGGCCACAGCCUUCACGCCAGCCUGGAUGGAGAACCCCUACAUCAAGGUGGACACAGUGGCUGCUGAGCACCUGACCCGGAAGCGCCCUGGGGCCGAGGCAACCGGGAAGGUGAACGUGAAGACGCUGCGUCUGGGCCCACUCACCAAGGCUGGCUUCUAUCUGGCCUUCCAGGACCAGGGUGCCUGCAUGGCCCUGCUGUCCCUGCACCUCUUCUACAAGAAGUGCGCCCAGCUGACCGUGAACCUCACCCGCUUCCCGGAGACUGUGCCUCGGGAGCUUGUGGUGCCCGUGGCGGGGAGCUGUGUGGCUGACGCCGUCCCCACCCCCGGCCCCAGCCCCAGCCUCUAUUGCCGGGAGGAUGGCCAGUGGGCCGAGCAGCCGGUCACGGGCUGCAGCUGUGCCCCAGGGUUCGAGGCCGCCGAGGGGAAUACCAAGUGCCGAGCCUGUGCCCAAGGCACCUUCAAGCCCUUAAAUGGGGAGGGGUCCUGCCAGUCGUGUCCAGCCAACAGCCACUCCAACACCAUUGGCUCGCCCGUCUGCCAGUGCCGCGUUGGGUACUUCCGGGCCCUCACAGACUCCCGGGGUGCACCCUGUACCACGCCGCCCUCUGCUCCGAGAAGUGUGGUUCCCCGGCUGAAUGGCUCCUCCCUGCGCCUGGAGUGGAGCGCCCCCCUCGAGUCCGGGGGCCGAGAUGACCUCACGUAUGCCCUGCGCUGCCGGGAGUGCCGCCCUGGGGGGUCCUGCACACCCUGCGGAGGAGACCUGACCUUCGACCCUGGCCCCCGGGACCUUGUGGAGCCCUGGGUGGCGAUUCGUGGGCUGCGUCCUGACUUCACCUAUACGUUCGAGGUCACCGCCUCGAAUGGGGUGUCCUCCUUAGCCACCGGACCUGUCCCGUUUGAGGCUGUGAAUGUCACCACUGACCGUGAGGUACCGCCCCCAGUGUCCGACAUCCGGGUGACGAGGUCAUCACCCAGCAGCUUGAGCCUGGCCUGGGCUGUUCCCCGGGCACCCAGCGGAGCCGUGCUGGACUACGAGGUCAAGUACCACGAGAAGGGCACAGAGGGCCCCAGCAGCGUGCGGUUCCUGAAGACAUCUGAAAACCGGGCGGAGCUGCGGGGACUGAAACGGGGAGCCAGCUACCUGGUCCAGGUGCGGGCGCGCUCCGAGGCCGGCUACGGGCCCUUCGGCCAGGAGCACCACAGCCAAACACAGCUGGACGAGAAUGAGAGCUGGCGGGAGCAGCUGGCCCUGAUCGCAGGCACGGCGGUCGUGGGUGUGGUGCUGGUCUUGGUGGUCAUCGUCAUCGCCGUCCUGUGCCUCAGGAAGCAGAGCAGCGGGAGAGAAGCUGAAUACUCAGACAAACACGGACAGUAUCUCAUCGGGCACGGUACUAAGGUCUACAUUGACCCCUUCACUUAUGAAGACCCUAAUGAGGCUGUAAGAGAGUUUGCAAAAGAGAUCGAUGUCUCCUAUGUCAAGAUUGAGGAGGUGAUUGGCGCAGGCGAGUUUGGCGAGGUGUGUCGGGGGCGGCUCAAGGCCCCAGGGAAGAAAGAGAGCUGUGUGGCCAUCAAGACCCUGAAAGGGGGCUACACGGAGAGGCAGCGGCGGGAGUUCCUAAGUGAGGCCUCCAUCAUGGGCCAGUUCGAGCACCCCAACAUCAUCCGCCUGGAGGGCGUGGUCACCAACAGCGUGCCUGUCAUGAUCCUCACCGAGUUCAUGGAGAACGGUGCCCUGGACUCCUUCCUGCGGCUGAACGACGGGCAGUUCACCGUCAUCCAGCUGGUGGGCAUGUUGCGGGGCAUCGCCUCAGGCAUGCGGUACCUUGCUGAGAUGAGCUACGUCCACCGAGACCUGGCUGCCCGUAACAUCCUGGUCAACAGCAACCUUGUCUGCAAGGUUUCCGACUUCGGGCUUUCCCGCUUCCUGGAGGAGAACUCUUCUGACCCCACCUACACGAGCUCUCUGGGGGGAAAGAUUCCCAUCAGAUGGACAGCCCCUGAGGCCAUCGCCUUCCGGAAAUUCACAUCUGCUAGUGAUGCCUGGAGCUACGGAAUUGUGAUGUGGGAGGUCAUGUCAUUUGGGGAACGUCCAUACUGGGACAUGAGCAAUCAGGAUGUGAUCAAUGCCAUUGAACAGGACUACCGGCUGCCCCCGCCCCCAGACUGCCCCACUUCCCUGCACCAGCUCAUGCUGGACUGUUGGCAGAAGGACCGGAACGCACGGCCCCGCUUCCCCCAGGUGGUCAGCGCCCUCGACAAGAUGAUCCGGAACCCAGCCAGUCUCAAAAUCGUGGCCAGGGAGAAUGGCGGGGCUUCGCACCCACUCCUGGAUCAGCGGCAGCCUCACUACUCAGCUUUCGGUUCUGUGGGUGAGUGGCUUCGAGCCAUCAAGAUGGGAAGAUACGAAGAAAGUUUUGCAGCCGCUGGCUUUGGCUCCUUCGAACUGGUCAGCCAGAUCUCCGCUGAGGACCUGCUCCGAAUUGGAGUCACUCUGGCGGGACACCAGAAGAAAAUCCUGGCCAGUGUCCAGCACAUGAAGUCCCAGGCCAAGCCUGGAGCCCCGGGUGGGUCGGGAGCACCAGCCCCCCAGUACUGACCUGCACCUGCUUGCCUGGCCCCACUGCUCUGGAGCGGCAGGAACUCCCAGCUGGGGACACCGCUCCCCUUCUUCCUGGGACAGAGUCGGAUGGGGACCCAAGAGGCCAUCAUACCUAGGCCCCACUGGAUUGCACUUUGAACCCAUGGGGGUGGGGAGCUGGCAAUUUGGAGACAGGAUUUGAGGAUUCUGCCAUAUGAGAGUAGAAAUCACAUGUCCCCCCGCCCCCCAGGCGGGGAACCCUAUGCCAAGGGUGCGGGAGCCCUUCCCUCGGGAUUGGGUGUGACCAGAGGGAAAGGAAGCGCUUAUAAUCUGCCAACUUCCCAGGAGUGGUUGGGCACGAUCCCCACAACCUCCCUCUGAUCCCCAGUUAGGGCCCCACGUACCGCCCCCCCUUCACCUCGAAGGGCCACUGCACUGCCCUGCAGACCAAAGAGAAGAGGGUGACUAGCCUGGGAGCUCGGGAGUGGAGAGCGCCGCAUCGUGGCCGGAGGCGGGAAGGGGUGUCGUGGCCCAGUGACAAAAUCAUUGGACUUGGAUGUCCCAACCUUGCUGCUGUCUUCCCCGAACUCAGUUUUCCCUUGUAAAUGGUCCUCCCCCAUCUGCUGCCUUCAUAUUGAAGGUUUUUGAGUUUUAUUUUUUAUUUUGGCCUUAUUCCCCCUGCCCUUAUUUUGUUGUUUUUUGUUGUUGUUUGUUCUUCCACCGUCCUUGUCAUUACCUUUUGUGUUGGAGGGGCCCGUUUCAUUAUUGCCUCCUUUGCCCAGGGUGAAACAGGGCCUCAUCGCUGUGUCUGUUUCCGGAACAAUGCCUUGGUCACACCACAACUCCCAGACACUUCCCUGCCCCCAAGUACCCCCAAGCUGUGUCCAUGAGGGGGUGUGGGAGGGGUGAGGUGGUGGUGGUGGAAACCAGAGACAGACACCGGUGCUUGGAGGGGAUCUUAAAUUAUAUUUAAAACAAUUUUUUUUUUUGUAUAAAUAAAAGAAACUGGGAAACUGUGCA